AUGCAAGACAUGACCAUUGUAUACAAUGAGGACCGUCUUCCACCGGCUACAGAGGAAGCUCAGACGACAGAACCUACCAUGGACACAGAUUCCCCCGUGUACCGCUCUAUUGGAGAGAUUCUUGAAGAGGGACUCAAGAACGGCACCACCCAAGAAGAUGGUUAUCAAGGCUACAUUACCUCGAAAGCGCACGGUGACCGUCUACGACAACGCUAUGAAGCGCUCAGGAACGGAAAAGAUUACAGCGAAUUAAAGCAUCCCAACAGCAUGGAUGACUUACCCAAGACCGACGCCGAGCGAAAGAGAUGGAGAAAGAAUAUUUAUGAAGCGAUCACGGACUACAGUCAAUUGACGGAGGAUUCCGAGGAAGACGAGCCUCGGGUUCCUCAGGCCGGUACCGCGGUCCCUCCCCAAACACCCGCAACGAAGAAAACUGGCGCUGGAUCCCCUACGAUUACAGCUGUAGAAGGGUGCUCUCCCGAUUCAAUCUCCGACAGUUCGACCUCUGAAACUUCACCAGUGGCUCAUGCUACUGGCAAAAUGUCUGAGGGCGGCAACCAAGCCGACAGCACUCAGGCUUCAAAGAAGAAGAAAAAGAAGGACAACUCUCAGAUACUCCGUGUCAAAGCAUUGAAGCCGCUCGAGGUAGAGCUGAUUGCCCAUGAAAUUCUGUCACUCGCAGAAGAAGCCCACAAAGGCAACAUCAACUACGCCCCUUGGGUCUUUAUUAACAAAGCCAAGUCUGCCCCACCUUCCACGUAUUAUCGUGAUUAUAAGUCUUUCAGCUUGAGAGUGGAAGACAUUCUAAAGGCUCUUCGCAGCGAGAAGAAUAUCGUGUACAAAUUUACUAUCAUUGAUCAGAAGAUGCGGCUCGUGGCUACUCCAAGAGCGGAGUCGGGGAAAUCGAGAACCAACCGCAAAGGCAACCAAAACAAAAGCAUAGUGAUGUCUGAAGGGCACAAGGUCCUGUCAGAACAGAAGAAGGCGGCCGCCCGUAUGAUGCCACCGCAAAAGACAUCACAAGUUCAAAAGACAUCACAAGUUCAAAAGACAUCACAAGUUCAAAAGACUCGCCAGCAGAGAAAGCCUUCUGGCUCCAUCUCAUCAAGCUCCAUGUCCAGAUCUGGGACACCAAGCAAGCCUCCCGCUCCCAGACACCAGAAACGCGGAGGCAAAGCCUCUGGCUCUGCUUCUGCUUCUGCUUCCGCUUCUCCUUCUACUUCUGCUGCUGCCCCUGUUUCUGCCUUUGCUUCCGGAACACCACGUUCAGUGAGCCAUACCUACACCUCGACCCCGACCUCGAGAAACCCGCCCGUGUACAUGAGACCGCAAGUUCCACCACACGAAUGGGACACCACCUCCAGACGACUUUUUGGCCCCACGUCCCGCUCGGGGUCCAUGUCCUCCACAUCCAUGGACACGGGGACGCAUCGUCUGCCGGCUCUGCAUCCGACAAAGCCAUCGUUACACAGCGACACGACAGGAGCGUCGGCUUCUGGGACUCCUGCUUCUGGAUCUGGAACGGCGCCUGCGAGUGCGAGCUUGAGCAAGGGGAAGGGGAAGGUGAAGGAGAAGGGAAGGGAGAGGGUAGAAUCGAAGAGCCCCCCAGAUGGAAGUACGCCGAGUAAGAAAGCGAGAGGUGAGGAGGACGCGAAGGGGAAGGGGAAGGAGAAGUAA